CGCAACGUCUGUCCGUAUGUCAGAGGAGAAGGCACAAGGCGAAGAGAGCAACGUCUCUCCAUGGCUGCGUCUUGAUACCCGCGGCGGCGCGAUCGUCUGGUCCAUCAUCUUGCUUGUCGCACCAUUUUUGGCGUACGGGCCUGUUACUGCUGUUGUCGGCGAUGAGCUCCAGGCUGGAAGAAUCAUCGCAGCGGUUUACAUGGUAGGGUUGUGUGCAGCGUGGACCUUUUCAUACAUCUUCAGGGUUGGUACAAAGGACAUGACCUACUCCAAGCAGCUUAAAGCCUACGAAGACGCGGUCAUCGCGAAGAGAUUCGAAGAGCUCCAGGAGGAUGAGGUGGAGGCGCUGAUAUCCGAUCUGGAAGGCGACCAGCCCAAGAUUCCAGGAACCUCGGAGAAGGACAAGAAGGUGAAGGGGAGUGGCUGGCGUCCUGAUCAGUAUUGAGAAGUAAUACGCGUCAGUGGAGAGUGAAAUAUGCACACAUUUAGAACUUGAAAAUGAGGGAUUGAGAUCGUUCCCCUUCAAAUAUCUGGCAGACGACACGGCAUGUGUUGCAAGGAAUCUCUCACACACUUU